ACGCAAGGUGGCCCGGGGAGGAGUCAGCAGCAGCUCCGGCCUCUCUCAGUCACUACGUGAGCUCAGCAGUUUGAUUUUCAAGCCUCCAGCUUCAGUGUGCUGUCGGAGAGGCAAAGUGGGAUGAAAACAGGCGACGUCUAAUAUUUGGUUUUUUUUUUUUUUUUUACACAUUUCAUCGCUUUAUAUCGAUAGAAGAUCAAAGAAACGGCAGCAUGGGGGCCUAUGAGCAGAAAAAGGAAAAAUGUGGAACCAUCUGCCUGAAAUACCUCCUGUUUUCUUUCAACUUUCUCUUUUGGUUGGCAGGGGGCGUUGUGAUGGCGGUGGGUGUUUGGACCUUGGUUGAGAAGAGCGACUACAUCAGCCUCCUCUCCUCCAAGACCUAUGCUGCCUCCGCCUACAUACUGGUCCUGGCUGGAGCCAUUGUCAUGGUAACAGGCGUGCUGGGCUGCUGUGCCACCUUCAAGGAGCAGAGGAGGCUACUGCGAGUGUACUUUGUCCUGCUGCUGUGCAUCUUCCUGUUGGAGAUCCUGGCUGGCAUCCUGGCUUAUAUCUACUACCAGCAGUUGAAUGAGGAGCUGAAGCAGAACCUGAGGGAGACCAUGACCCAGAAGUAUGAACAGAAGACCCAUGAGCAAAUCACCAGGGCUGUGGACAAGCUGCAGCAGGAGUUCAAGUGCUGUGGCAGCAACAGUUCAUCUGACUGGGCUGAGAGCACCUGGAUUCGCUCCAGAGACGCAAAAGGCAGAAUUGUGCCUGACAGCUGCUGUAAGACUCCCGGUGAGCUCUGCGGCCGCAGGGACCACCCAUCCAACAUCUACAAGGUGGAGGGUGGCUGCAUCACCAAACUGGAGAAAUUCAUCCUGGACCAUCUGAAGAUCAUUGGAGCAGUGGGUGUUGGGAUUGCCUUUGUACAGAUCAUAGGAAUGGUGUUUACGUGCUGCCUAUAUCGAAGUCUAAAGGCAGAGCCGUACUAAGAGAAGCAGAAGAAGAAAAGUGUAUAUGAACCUCAUCACCACAUGCCAUACUCAAAUAGCCCAUAGGUUCUUUUCUUUGCCUUGCACAUAGGGGAAGGAAAAUUUGGCAAGGGAACAAAUUGCACAUCUGAAGAUCUCAUUUUGGUAAACAAAGGGUGGAAAAACACUACAAGGUAUCUUGAAGUAAUUAGGCGCUCAAAUUGCAGUCUCAGCUACAUCUUCAAGAUCACAGCACUGUGAGAAAAAGCCUCUGAGAGAAACUGAUGGGAAUUUUAACACAGGUUGUGUAAAUUAGUGUGGGACAGCCUCCUUGGGACUAAAACAUUGUAGUUUUCUUCCACUUUGAUUCCCUCGAUUUACAUUUAUGUUUGUGGACCAGGUACUACACUCGAGAGUGGUGUAAAGAUUAGUGGAGUAAAACUGGCACUUUGCAGAAAAUGUUAAUCCUGGUCCAGCAGCUUCCCUUUCCCAGCAGCAUGGUUUAACAAGCCUACCGCUGGGGCCCCCUUCAACUGCAACAGCAUUUUGUUUCCACGCUAAAUAUUCAAUCAUGCAUUUCAAAUAUGGUUCAAUAGUGGCCUUUUAACAUUUGAACUGUUAGUUUUUAUAUUUUGUAAAUGAUUAUUUUUUGUAACACUUGAGGGGCUUUCUUUUGAGCUAUGAGGCUUUAUUGCCUAGUAUGUCUUCAUAGUGACAUGUCAGUGUUUGAUCAUGUUUUUAAUCAACUCUGCCACCAUAAAGACCUGCUGAGAAGGACACAGUAUCUGCCAGAGUGAAGGUACACAAGUUAAUGCCUUGCUCAACCGCAUAACUGUGCCAUUUAACACAGCGACCCGAGCAUUUUAACCGUGUGAAUAUUCUAAAGUGUAAAGGCUGACGUUAAUGAAGUGAUUUUGUGAUUGUUAAUGAAACAUACAAGCAGUGCCACUAAUAUUGCUCAUAAAAAAGUGCCUCAUGUUUGUGAUUUUACUGUCGUCUUCUUUUUUUACCAGGGAUUUAUCCACUGAUGCCAAAGCAACUGUAACUUUGUGUAAGGACCUAUUAUAUCUCUACCAGCCUUAUUUACUACUGAUAUCACUCUUUUUAGAUUGUUUUCAUGAAUGAAGAUUUAGUUUACUUUUCUAUAGACCAUAAAUAUGUUAUUGUAUUUAACAGACACAUGGUAGGAAAUGAUAUUCACUCACUGUUAGCAAUGAGCUUUUCCUUUGUGCCUCAAAGACAACACUAAAUUAAUCUGCUGUAUUUCUGUCUUUGUGAUAAUCCAGAAAUUAAUUUAGUUUGAAUAAACAUUGAUCAACAAUA